UGUUGUUCCAGCUCUAACGUCGUGCCAGACGCCAUUUUAACAGUAGUGAAAAAAUCGUCUGGAGUUUGGCUCGUUUUCAGCAUUCGCAUUAGCAUUUUAGCGGUAAAACAAAUAUCCAAAUAGACAAUGAGCAACGGUGGUGGUGCCGGGGGAUUGGGCGCAGCGCGUCCACCUCCACGGAUCGAUGGAAUGGUCUCGCUUAAGGUCGACAAUCUCACAUAUCGCACCACGCCGGAGGAUCUGCGUCGGGUCUUCGAGCGGUGCGGCGAGGUGGGGGACAUCUACAUACCCAGGGAUCGCUACACACGUGAGAGCCGCGGAUUCGCAUUUGUUCGCUUCUAUGACAAACGUGAUGCCGAGGACGCACUGGAGGCCAUGGAUGGUCGCAUGCUAGACGGCAGGGAGCUCCGCGUACAGAUGGCCCGCUACGGACGCCCCUCUUCGCCCACUCGCAGCUCCAGUGGUCGUCGUGGCGGAGGAGGAGGCGGUGGUUCCGGCGGGCGUCGUCGGUCACGUUCUCGCUCCCCAAUGCGCCGUCGUUCGCGCAGUCCGCGUCGCCGAUCAUACUCCCGUUCCCGCUCGCCUGGUAGCCACUCGCCGGAACGCCGAUCCAAAUUUUCACGCAGUCCAGUACGCGGCGACAGCCGCAAUGGAAUCGGAAGCGGAUCUGGAGGACUGGCCCCAGCCGCGUCUCGUAGUCGCAGUCGCUCCUAGAUAUCGACGUCACGUUCCAUUUAGUGGGAGUGCGAGAUAUGACUCGCUGACUAGGGCCAAUGCUGUAUCCUGUUCCGGAUCUAUGGCUCCAUCUGUGUCAUGCUGUACCCGAACAGCAGGUAUAGAAACCAUUAUACAAUCUUACACUUAACACAACUAUUUAUAGCGAACUAUUUUAAGUUUCGGCAGAGUAAAUAAGUAGAGAUCAGGCAUGAUUAUGUUCCGAGUGAGAUCCCCGCAACCUGGGCGAUCCCUCGAUGUCGGUUCUUGCACAUAGGCUUUCAUAUACUAGAGCGUAGUAGAAAUCCUUGAACGUAAUCAGAAACAGAACAAAAUAAACUCAAAUUAACACGGCUUCAAUUCAAUACCUAAAUAUCAAAUGACAGACAGGACAGGAGGAGAAUGAGAGGUGGAUGAGUGAUAGGAAUACUCUAGGAUUCUGUUUGUUUCGUUGCGAUUCGAUUCGAUUGCGUUUGUGUUGCUCGUUUCCGUUCUUUGUACCUUUUAACGACAAACUUAUUAACAAGCUUCUCCCACACGUUUAUUAUAUAUAUGCAGGCGAAUGGUGUGUGGCAGUUGUUGCGGUUCAGAUAAGAUUGUGGUUAAAUCGCUCGCGAUUAAGGAUCAGCAGCAGCGCAUCAUCUAAGCUACAACUCCUUCCUCACGUAGGCGGACACCGCGUGGCUCCUGAUUGUUGCUACUGCUGCUGCUGCUGCAGAUGCUGAUGCUGAUGCUGCUGCUGUCGCAUGAUGCUGUUGCUGGUGCCGCUGAUGCUGCAGUUGCAGUUGCCGUAGCCGUAGCAGCUUCCUGUUUCCUGUUAGACGCUGGCGCUGCCAAAGCUGCUCCAGAUUCACUCAUAGUUUCCCGUUUCCCGUCACUUCUUCUCUCGCCUCGUCUCGUCUCGUCUCAACUCGCGAUUUGUUGCUGGUUGGCGUUGUUGGUGUUUUCCUGUAUCUUGGUGGGCGUCCCUUUUGAGUUUAGGCGAAAAGUCAUCAUUUGCAGCAGAGGCCACAUCGACGAUGCGAUGGAUGCUAGAGUCUGGAUUGCAUACUGACUCGACCGAAAUGUGGGAUUCCCUAACGAUCUGGUACAUUCGGUAAGUGAGAGAGCUAACCCUUUGAAUUUGCAGCCUAAUUAAACGCUUCAAUAAAGUUUUACUUGAUUAU